GAACACUUUAAACGGACUUGGUGAGAGGUGCGAGCGAUUUAAGGUAUACACCGUAUUUGUUUUUCCUAGUUUUGGUUUAAAUCUACAUGCGGAUAAUCGAUAUCCAGUGAUCAAUACACAGAUCAGAGUUGAAGUAUUGAAAACAUUGCAGACAUUCAUAGUGAUACAAGAGAUGGUUAAGAAGGUCGCAAUUGUUACCGGUGCAAACCGUGGUAUUGGUUUCCAAGUUGCCAGGCAAUUACUCUACGACUUCCCCGGUGAUGUCAUAGUAACCGGAAGAGAUACUGCCAAGGGUCAAAGCGCGUGUAAGAAACUGGCAGCAGAAGGCCUUAAACCAGUCUGGCAUGAACUAGACGUAACACAGUCUGCUAGUAUACGAAUGUUUGUGGACUUUAUACGUGAAAACUAUGGAGGAAUUGAUGUGUUGGUCAAUAAUGCAGGUACUGUGUUCGAGAAAGACUCUCCACUGUCAAUGUACAGACAAGCAGAACUUAGCAUACAGACAAAUUUUAAGGGAACUAUGAGCUUAAUCAGAUAUUUUCUUCCGUUGCUUAGACCACACGCCCGUGUUGUUAUGCUUUCAAGUGAACUUGGUAAACUGAGCAGUCUCGGCAAAGAACUUAGAAAACAAAUUGAUUUGGAUAAGGUUACUAUGUUCGAUCUUGAUAAACUAGCAGACAAAUACCUGGCCGCCAUUAAGGCAAAAGUUUGGUCCGAGUACGGUUGGCCAGACCGAAUUUUAGAGUCAAUCAGCGUUCUUUUAAAUGUAUUUGUAUAUGCUUUGGCAAGAGACUUGAAGUCAGAUCAGCGUAGGAAUAUCCUCGUGAACGCUUGUUGUCCGGGAUGGACCGCAACAGAACAAAUGAAAACCCAUCUAGACGAGAGCGGAUGUUUAGGUGGAGUGGAAGCGAGGUCACCGGAAGAAGCUGCAGCAGACGUUACAAGAUUGGCAUUACUUCCGUCUGGCACCAGCUCACCAAACGGCGAUACAGUUUACAAAAGACAGAUUAUAAAUAUUAGAGAUUAACAAGGACUUUUAUGCGUUCUGCUAGCAAUUUAUAUAUAAAUUCAAACGGCCAGACUAAAGCUUUAACUUCUGAUACAAAAGAACUGGCCUGUAGAAUGCAGAUGCAAGUAAAGUAAGAUAUUUUUAUUCGGAUUCUUUGAAAGGAUUAAUUUGAACAUUUUAAUCUGUUACUUUCUUUAGAUACAUUAAACAUUUUAGAAGACGAAAGGGAGACGUUAUAUUUAGUUUGUAUAUAGUAAACAGACUUUGCAAUUGUAUGCUCGAAACGAAAACUAAAAAUUCUUCAUGAUUUUAUCAUAUUUUUCUUUACCUUUGUGAGAACAAUAAGUACUUUUUGUCCAAUAUUGUGAUUUUUUUCUGUGAUACUUGUUCACUAUCAACAUUAUAUUGCAUUUUCUCUUGGCAAUUAUUAACUUAAUAAAGUCUUGUAAUACAAAUUUUGCAA